AUGUCGCAAUUCAUCCGCAAGUUACAGGGAGGCAAUCUCGAGGUUGUCAAGUUCGGAAUGUACGUCCUUUUCCCCAUCGGCUGGAUGUACUACUUCGGCACGAACCUCGACGACCGCUUCGCCACAAAGGGCUUCUGGCCCACUGCCGAACAGUCGCACAAGAUCCCGCUCGACAAGGAGGAAAUCGACCAAGAGCUGGCUCGUAUGCGCAUGGUCGAGAGCGUCAAGCGGGAGCGGAGACAGGCCGCGGAGGCUGCGGCGGAGGCUCAGGCUCAGGCGCAAGCACAGAUGCAGGCAUCAAAGAAUGAGCAAUGA